AGUUCUACCUGUAAGGGCAAAGUCCUUCUAUCGUUGUCUUAUUUCGUGUCAUUCGACACGUGAGCAAUCUUGGAGCAUACUUCCAGAGAGGUUCAGCCUUCUUGUUCGCGCUCAAUGAACGAAACAGCCAGCAUCCACUUCCGGUACCCCCUUGAGACAAGUGGGGCCGCUCAUCUUUCUACUUGCCAGUGGAGCAAGAGGGAAUGGACUUUACAGGAGAAGUUACUCUCCACUCGGACUUUGUAUCUCACUGAAGAAGUGAUCUAUUCCGAAUGGGUUUCUUCGCAGGGAGUUGAGAAUCCAGGUUACAAGCUCCCCAGGCCCAUGGAGUUUUCGAUACUCCUGGCGAAGUCAAUACCUACUAAGCGGAUAGAGGGAAGAGAGGACCGUUACUCGAGCUGGUACAAAGUUGCUGCAUUGUAUUCCAACCGAAAUCUGACCUGCCCUGAGGAUAAGCUACCGGUAAUGAAAAGUCUAGCAGGAGCCUUGAGAGACCUCGUCAACGACGUUUACAUUGGGAUGAUGCGCCGAUCUGGAAAGUUUUCAAGUCUCGGAAAAUGACUUUGGUCUAAUAUCUCAAUCGUCGCCUCAUGCUCCCAGGCUUCUAUCAAGUCGAUGCUCUAGUUAUCAGGUUAACGCUCUAG